CUCGAUAUUUGCGUUACAAAAAUAUUUGUUUUGCCGCUGCUUCUAUUUAUUUACUUAUUAAAAAAAAAUUUUAAUUACUCAGGAUUUUAAAAUACCAGCAUGUGAAGGAUAAUCAGUGACGUUUUUAGGUUAUAAACAUAAAUAAAACAUAAUAAUAGAAAGUCUACAUAAUAAUAUAAACAUUAAUUUGAAUGAAGAUAUUUUUCAAAAAUGUCAUCACCGCCAAAUAUAACAUUCGGAUAUUUACAAAUGGAAGAGCGUUACAAAAAUCUUGAACGCACGAUUAAAAAAAUGCAAUUGAAGGAAUUAGAAAAAGAUAAUAUAAAUAAUAUAAUAAACGAGUCAAGAUCCUGCGCUUCGAGUAUCAAUGGAAAUUUACUGGACAACACAAUUGGAGAAACAAACUCUCGUAUUGGCAGCGAAGUUGUCUCGUCCAGCACAAAUAUGCGUAACAUUAUUUCUAAAAAUCUAAAUCCGCAAAUGUACAGCAGUAUCACAACAUCAAGUUUUAAAAAUUCACCAGAUACUUUAGUAGAUCGAGUUAUCAUGCCACCACCAAAGACAAUGGGAAUCCUGGCCCAUUCGUCGCGUCGAAAUUCACUAGCGAGCACACACAUGCCAACAAAAAUAAAUCCAGCUGGUACUGAAUCAAACGCUAGUACUAUUUCUUCAAUAAAUUUUCCAACACCAUCUGAGUUUAGCAAAAAAACAUGUGAGAUUUUACACUCGACCUUAGAUCUAAACAAACCUGACCGCAUUUUCAUACAGUGGAAAGUUGUUCUGAAUGAUAAACGCGAAUUGCUUAUUAAAGGGAAACUAGAUUGUGGUAGAUCUGUUCGCAGUAAGCCGGUAGUCCAACGCAUCGAUGCGACAACUGUAAGAUCUGUUUUUUCAAACAUCUACUGCCUUCAAGGGAGAAUUCACGACGAAGAGAAUGAGCUACCGGAGUAUGUACGCGGUAAAUUUUACAAUGGGUUUCCAGAUGAUUGGGAAAAUGUUUAUAAUAUUUGGCAAAGUUUUGUUGAAGGUGGUUGCGACAUUAAUUUUCGCUGGCCGACACCAAUCACUGACAGCGACGAUGACUUGAUAAGUGAAAUAACUGAAGUGUACUGUCCGUCUAAAUCUCUGCGUCGUUUACGGCCACGUAAAAGACCUCCAAGAAGUACCGAAAAAAUUAAAGACUUGAGUAAAAAGUCAUUAGUGACCAAAUCACCAGUCAACCCGAAGCAUUUAUCACCGGAGCAUCGACCCGGAGAGUCGCUUCCUCCAACUGUAUCUUUGUCAGCUCCAAAACAAUUGACCAGAAGCCCUAGAUCUGGAUCCAGAGCUACUAAUGAUCGUAAAGCAGAAAAAGUAUCUGAAGAAGCAGCUGUUGACUCUAGUGAUGAGUCGCGUAAUGUCAUUGAUAUGUUUCUCGGUAAGAUGUCGCAUUAUUUAUUGAAUAAUUCAAACGCGCAGUUUACUCCAAGCGCUGAAGACAGCUCAGAUAUCGCGAAAGCCUUUUCAAUUAUGUUGAAAAAUAAAAAACAUUCCGUGGAAUACUUAGACGGGAUUGUUAAAAUGUCUAAUUCCUUGAAGAAUACUAUAAUUCGGGCGGGAGUCGAUGAUCCAGUAGCAGAAAGUAAUCAGCUUUCAUCUGUACCACCUAGAAGUGGAAACUCGUCAAGGAAUUUUAGUACCACCUACACGAUGACUGAUGCAAAUAAAAGUUUAUCUGCUGGAUCGAAUAAAAUUCUUAAAGAACGAAAUGGUGGUCAAGCAACAAGUAAUUUUUGUGGUAAAGACAAUUUGAAACGUGCUCCAGUUUGUAGAAAGUUAACUCAUCGUGAUUACGACAGUUCUGAUGAGUAUGACCGUGAUAGUGAUGAUGAUGAUGAUGAUAAGCGUUAUGACAGCCGACGCGUUUUGAAACCAAGAUCCCUUCGAGUUCCCAAAAAAAGAUUGCACGAACGGCAGAAAAUAUUGAAGUCUGUUGGACGUAGGCGUCCACACAAUCAUAAUGACAGUGAUUCAGAUGACAAUUUGCCGCAUAAAAGUAAAAAAGUCUUCAAUAGUCCUGCGUAUGAUGAUCGAAGGACAAAUAUCGAUGCCGUUGAACCGGAACAAGAAAAAUUAACUCGACGUCAUUCGAAAAAUACCGACACCCGAAGGACACCCAUCCAGCAACCGCCGAUUGCGGUGAGAGAAUCGCGGCCAGUCUUACAGCCUCCAGGAUAUCCUGCUUAUCUCCAUGAUCGUCGAGGAGCUGAAUCAGCUUCAACCAUCACAGGAUUUCUUGCCAACUAUGACUCGUGCACCAGCUUCACCGAAGACGAGCGCAGGGUUCAGAACAUGAAUCGACAAAAACUCCAGCUAGACCAUAACAGACUUGGCAAAGUUCUUCAACCGGUAGUGAGUAAAAACCCAGCGCAAUAUGAUUCGUGUGUGAGUAUCACCGAAGAUGAAUCGAAUAAAAUCACUACCGAGGCAACAAACAGAAAUAAAUUUAAGAAACCGGUACUUCAGGAAACAAACGCCCAGUACUUUGGUGAGAUACUGAAGAGAACGACUCUUCAGCAACUUAAGCAGAUUGAAAAAAAUGAUGACUAUCAGCAUCAACAUCCUAAAACUAGUCCAAGUCUGUUGAAAAAUGUCCAAAAUCAACCGGAAUUUUCUCAAACAAUUCCUGCUAAAAUGUCGAUUACUGAUGACAAAGAAAAUGAAGAAAACGGAAGCAGGCAAACUUUGCGUGCAGCAUCUCCACAAAUUGUCAAAAGAGAAGAAAGACAAGAAUCAUCAAACAAAAUAAAUCCUGAAUUUAAAAAACCUUCUGUCGUCAGUAUAGAAAAUGUAUCAAUGAAAUUGCACCCUCGUUCAAUUAAAUCUCCACCGUGUCUUCAAGUCAAGUCACCGAAGAAAACUGUCGACAAGUCAGUUGAUAAGCAAUUGAGUGAUGAUAAAUUAAUAAAAAAAUCUCAUCGGCUAACUGAUGAAAAUACCAGAGAAAAUGUAUCAGUGCCAGUGCCUACUUUAAAAACACCCGAAGCUUUACAAUCAGAAGCUCUCGCUCGUGGUAAAAAUCUCAGUGACAAAUAUCCCCGGGACACGAGAUGUGAAAAAUUGCAAAGGAAUCAGUCGCGAAUAAAAUUUGGAUCUGAAGACAAUCCGAAGGUCCUGACUUGUUGGAUGCCGAAUAUAAAGAAGAUGGCCAACACCAAGUACGGGCUUAUUUUCGAAGGGAACCUGCUCAACGAAGCCGGUCAUGUCAGUUCGAAAAAGUACAAAACUGAUUUAAUAGUUCGUAGAGUGACCCCACGGAUAGUAGAAACGAUAAACAAUGAAUUUUAUCAACUGUCUGGAGAUCUAGUGAACGCCAAGUACGUGGUACCGCGAGAACUCCAGAAGCUUUGCAUGGACGGCUGUCCUGCCAAGAUAUCAGCGUUCUGUGAAAAAUGGAGAAAGAUUAAAAGCGACGAGUCAAGUUUAUUUCAAUCAGCCGAGUCAUUAAACGCGUCGAUAGACAUGUCAAGUGUGCCGACGAGCUCACGUGGCCGUCGUAGGGUUCAGAGCCUGCGUUACUGGGAAGGCGAAAGACUGUCGAUGAAAGGCGAUGACGUCUACUACAGUCCAGGUCACUUGCAGGACUCGAUUCUUCCUUCGUCUCAUGAAACUUCCAGGAAAGAUACUUCGCAAACUUCAUCCAAGAAAUGCAACACCAGCAAAGAUAACUCGCUAGCAGUUAAAAAAAAUUCAAAUGAUCCGAAAAACAAAAGUUCCAGCCUUUCGCCGAGAAAAGAAAUUAUUAAAACUAAAAAAUUAAAUGAUGACAACAAUUAUAAUUUAAAUGCGCAGAAAGAAUCUGGUAGCAAGACAGCAGUAAGUCCCCGGGUGUCAUCAGACAAUCGUAGACGCAGCCAAAGGUUCAGAAGCGCCAAAAGAAAGUCAUUGCGUGAACCUAAAUCGUCGUGCAGCGACUCCAGUCCUGGUGAAGAUGCCGGAAACUCGAGGUCCAAGCGAAGACGCAGGGUAGUAAAUUAUUGUGAAUUAGAACCUGAUCGAGUUGAUAAGAGAACUACGAGAUCCAGUGACAGUAAAAAUAAACGCGGGCCGAAAAAUAAGUCAAAGCAUGACAACGAUGAGAUGUCAAGUUCGGAUGAAACUCCUCCAGGAGUUUCUUAUUGCUACCGGAAAAUUCCUUACAGUGAUAAAUUUUUUUCAGAUGAAUAAUUUUUAAUUAUAUGUAUAUAUAUAAGUAUAAAAAAAAAAGUAUUUAAAUUAUUAUAAGUUGUGCUGCCAUUAUGUUUAUACAUUUUUUUAACCAUGGAGAUUAUUUCUA